UUUUUUUAAAUAGAUAUACAUUUGUAUUCGUGAAUUUACAACAUAAAUUAAAUCUAUUUUCACAAUUUUGUCAUUAUCUCAGAAAGUGUAAUGAACUUCUUUUCUUAAAUUAUAAACAAAAAAAAAACGUAUGUUCAAAAUACGAAAAUUUACAGAUGAUAAAAUGAGAAAAGACGACUUCACAAUGCGAUCAAACAAACGCACUUGUAUAUACAAGUAUAGUACUUACAAAAUGUACUUGUAUAAAAUGUUGUUUUUUUAGAUCACUUAACACACCAAAACUAAUACACAACCACUGUGUGAAAUGUUGCAAUAUGAUUAUUGCAAUAUGAUUUUUUAAGAUCAUUUAUCAGAACUGAACUCGUAAAUCGUGGCUGAAAAUUAAAUUCAUUUUUUUUUUUAUCUUAUUUUCUACUUUUAAGCUAAAAAAAAUAAGAUGCAUAAAAUAUUUAAAACUAAAUGCGCUCCUUCUAAGUGAACUAUUGCAUUCAGUCUUGAAUUCUAACAAUAGAUUUAUAACUUGGGACACUUCUCGCUUUAUAAACCACGAUAAGGUUUCUCAAAAUACGUAAACAAUAUAUUGUAUAGCUAACAAAGGUAUCUUUUACUACCUUUAUGAAGAAUUAACAUAAUAAUGUUAGUAUGAUAAUUUUUGAUAAUUUUGCAUGAGUGUACUGUCUCGAGGGUUCUACACGUUCAGAUUCCGGUAUCAUGAUGUAACAGUAUUAAGUCUGGACACGCCAUCAGUGUGAAUGUCCUAUCUAAUUCAAACAAAGUCGAUUCAACACUUGUGUUAUCGUACAAGUUUACAAAACAAAGCUUACAAAACAAGUAAUGGCGGUCAACAAACUGAUCUCGUUUUUUAAGCCUGUGGACGUAAGUUUACCCGUAUUUUCUCUGACAAUUCUGUUUGGACUUGGGUCGUGGCUCACAAUUAAUGGAGUAUGGGUGGAACUACCAACUAUCGUGCCUUUUGUUCCAGAACAAUGGAAGCUCUCCUCCUAUUUAUCUCUGAUUGGGCAGUUAUCCAACAUCGGUCCAGUGUUUGUGCUAGUGCUCAACAAAGUUCGACCAAGAUGGCUCAAAGAAACCGCCGUCACUUACGCCAUCAUCAUAGUGGGUGUCACUUCCUGUGUGAUGUCAGCUUUCUUGUGGCAGACGACAUCAUUGGUGGGAGGGGACGAACAUAGUGUAGCGCUGUUUAUAUUCGUCUUUUUGAUGAGUCUCUGUGAUUGUACCUCCACGGUCAUCUUUCUACCAUUCAUGUCUUUGUUGAAGCCAAAUUACAUGACAGGUCUGUAUAUAGGGGAAGGGUUAAGUGCUCUUGUACCCGGAAUGCUUGCGCUGGGCCAAGGCGUCGGACAGACGGAAUGCAGAAAUACGUCGACAUUAAAUACAACAACUAAUAUAACCAGCUAUCACUUAGCCAAGGUGUCAAAUCCCCCUAACUUUCCGGUUCGAGACUUUUUCUUGGCUUUAGCAGCCAUGAUGCUGAUAUGCGGGAUUUCUUUCACAUUACUCAAAUACGCUCCAAUCUGCAAAAAGGAACAUUUACCAAGCUCAGAACACAAAACAAAGUCUUCUUCUUUUUCUAACAUAAUGCCUUGCCAAAUGCAGCAAAAAGACAUUUCAGACAACCAACCAGACUCAAUACAUACAGUGCUUGUGGAAAAACGGGAUCAAGUGAUGACAAAUGCGACUCAGGCUAUUUGGUUGGUUGUAAUAUGUUGGGUCAGUUUCCUUGCAAACGGAUUUUUACCCUCUAUCAAUACUUAUUCCUCGCUACCGUAUGGAAGUAAAGCGUUCCAUUUGUCUGCCAUCCUCGACAAUAUAGCCAAUCCAUUGGCGUGUCUUGUCGCAUUUUUUCUUCCCGCCAAAUCUUUCAGAGUCCUGAUGGGGACUACGAUUUUGGGCACGGCAUUCUCUGUGUAUCUCUUGGUGUUGGCGGGAAUGAGUCCUGACCCCCCUUUCGUUGGGUCUACAGGGGGGUCGUUCUUGAUGGUAGUGUCUUAUGUGGGGAAGACAACCCUGUUCGUCUACACCAAGGUGUGCGUUGCCGUCCUGUUCCGCCUGGUCGGCAGGCAUGCGCUGUUUUAUCUGGGUGGUGCCACACAGCUGGGGGCGUGUCUCGGCUCCGUGCUCGCCUACAUCCUAGUCAACGUGGCGGCGGUGUUUGAAAGUGCACCUCAACAAUGCUAACUACUGCAUGGACAUUUACCGUUCAAUAAUGGGUUGUUUGAAAAUUAAGGUGUAUUAGAUGGCUGAACUUGUACAAUAUUGGAUAAUUUCAAAAAACAUUCAUUAACAAAUUAUAUAGUUAACUACAACCAAAGAAAUCACUCCGUUUCAGCUUGAAAGAUUAUGAGAGUCUCAAGUCCAAGUUCAGCUUGUACAAGCAGAGAAAAAUGUUUAUUUAUG